GUCAUUGGAAGCAAUUUAUUUAAUGGGAUAUGACUCACUUUCAUUCUGCUCAGUGCCUUUACACUUCUUGCUGAAACUUUGUUUGAUAAUGAUGAGCUUGAGGUGGCUUGGUUCUGGCUUUGCAGGAAAGGUAUUAGAGGAUCCACGAGUGCUUACUGACGUUGGUGAUGUCCCUGUCCAAGAAAUUCGAGAUUGUGGAGUAGAUGAUGACAGAUUGAUGAAUGUCAUCAGUGAAUCUGUCAAGCUAGUGAUGGAGGAGGCUCCAUUACGACCCUUAGUUUUAGGUGGCGAUCACUCAAUAUCAUAUCCUGUUGUUCGAGCCGUCUCUGAAAAACUUGGAGGACCAGUUGAUAUUCUUCAUCUUGAUGCACAUCCUGAUAUCUAUCAUUGUUUUGAAGGAAACAAGUAUUCGCAUGCUUCGUCUUUUGCUCGAAUCAUGGAGGGUGGUUAUGCCAGGCGACUCUUGCAGGUUGGUAUAAGAUCAAUAACAACAGAAGGGAGCGAACAAGGCAACAAAUUCGGGGUUGAGCAAUAUGAAAUGCGAACAUUUUCAAGAGAUCGUGAAUAUUUAGAAAACCUGAAACUCGGUGAAGGUGUAAAAGGUGUAUAUGUCUCAAUAGAUGUGGAUUGUCUUGAUCCUGCUUUUGCUCCUGGAGUGUCUCACAUCGAACCGGGAGGUCUCUCUUUCCGCGAUGUUCUCAACAUCCUACACAACCUUCAAGGUGACAUUGUUGCCGCAGACGUGGUUGAAUUCAAUCCGCAACGUGAUACAGUUGACGGUAUGACUGCCAUGGUAGCCGCAAAGUUGGUGAGAGAACUGACUGCCAAGAUUGCAAAAUGAUUAAAUCUUCAAUGCAAUCCUCAUUCCUUUAAAUAGCUUCUAAGAGUGACAUUGAAUUUUUGGUUAGUUUCAUUGAAAUCAUUCAUAAAAGGGUUUACAUGUCCUUGUGCUUUAACUAUGAAAAAAUGUGUGCAACACACAAUACAUGUAGUUAG